UUUAUUUUUUUUUUAAAUUCUGCCUCAGGUGUUUAAAAUCGCUGAGCAUUUAUUUUCGAAACAGCAACAAAAUAAACGUGUUUAAAGUGCGAAACAAAUAAAAUGGAUAACUUAUCGACUGAGAAAAAAAUUAAGAAUGGGGAUUCUGAAACAGCAAUAUCUAAAGAUUUGCCACAAAUUCAAGCACUUCCGAUACCAUUUGACCAUAAUCCUUUUGCUGGGUUUGAUCCACUUGCUGGCAUAAACUGGUUGUAUCCAAUCGAUUUUACUAGUCCAGAAUAUCUUCGUUUGGUUGUUGAGAAGGCAUUAUAUCACAACUCACUUGUAAUUCUCCCAAAUCGAUACGAGAAAACUUUCGCUACAGCAGUAAUUAUGUAUAAUGUACAUCGCUGGUAUCCGCUCGGUAAAAUAGCGUACAUUGCUCCGAAGAGAAACUUGAUAACAGAUCAAAUAACCGCUUGCGAACGAUUGAUGAAGUUCCAUUCUACAGACGUGGCGGAAAUGGUGAUGAAGCCUUGCGAUCGACCCAAAUUUUGGAUGAGUAAACGGAUAUUUUUCAUUAGCUCAUAUAUGAUGCUAUGCGAUCUGAAUCGAAAUACUGAAGAGAUACCGAUGAUGAAUGAAAUUAAGUUAGUGAUCAUAGAUGAACCACAAAUUGAGACACGAUUACACACAAAAAUAUUGCAAAAUUUGAUGAAAAUUAAUAAGAACUUUCGGAUCGUAUGUGUCUCGACAACUUCAAGUAAAACAGUAGAUGCUGGAUUUUUGAAACAAUGGUUCAUUUCAAACAUCGAAUUACAGUGGGGAAAUCCACAAGAAAUACCGGACGAUUGGUUAAUGAACAAGAAAGAGAUUACCAACAUUUCCACACCUGUUGGUCCUUCAUUAUCAGCACUACUAGCAGAACUUCGAGACAUAGGGCAAAUUUAUACGAAAAAUUUGCACAUUGCAAAAACAAUUUGCACGGCUAAUUUUGAAUCAAUUUGUGUUGAACAAAUUCAACAAGAACAGAACAAAUACGAACUAAGCAUUCUCACUGGGGUUCUCAAAAAGAAUCAUUUUGAUAUAAUGUUGAAUUUUCAUUUAGCACAAAAGAUGGUUUUAGGAUAUCGAAUAUUAAAGCAUGAUGGUAUUGUAUCUCUAUUGGAAUAUUUCCAUCGAGAAAAUGAUGUUUACUUGCAAAACAAUCGGCAGCUUGUAGAUUUCCUUAAAAAGUUGCACCAGGGAAUUUAUUACACACCGCACCCUAAAUUUCGAACGUUGGAAAAUUUCUUGCAGGAGUUUUUUCAGAGACGCGCCGAUGCAAAGGUACUUAUUGUUGUUGAACACUUAAACGCAGGUCUAAUAAUUCACCAAUGUCUUCUCAAAAUUCCAAACUGUAAACACAAAGUCCUUGAUAUCAACUAUGCUAAAGAUAUUGAAAAGUAUCGCAAAGGUGAAUUAAACGUUUUAGUUGUUACUGUUUCUAUCGAACCAACAAUCGACGUUGGUGAAAUGGAUCUAAUUGUAUUGUUUAAUAUGACCAAUGACCCGCGUAAAUUUUUGGCGCACAUCGCUCGCACUCGCGGAAAAAAACCCGGAGCUAUUGUUAUUCUAACAACGGAAGGAUCUGAAAAGCAGGAAGUGCAAGAUGUACUCAAUACUCGUCGUUCAUAUCACUUCGAAAAUCGCAAUAUUCUUCCAAUAGGAGUGGACCUUUCAAACAUGAUGAUGCCCAACUCACCAUCAUUAAUCCCACCAGGAUUUCAACCAAAAGGAAGACAAAUUUUUUUCAACGUCCCAUCGUCGCGGGAUUUUGAUUAUGAAACACCCACAAAUUCUAAUGAUACUUCCAAUUUAGAAUUGAAAAAUGAACAGAAUAACACAUCACUUCAUGUUGGUGACAAACGGAAGAUUGUGGAAGUUUUUUCCGAUAAACCGGCUACCUACGAUUCUGUCAAUGGGCAGACAUAUUAUGAGGUGAUUCCCAUCAAACAACUUCAAUUACAUACACAGACAAAAUUAUGCACGCAUGAAAAUGUAUUACCUGAUCACACAGACAACAUAUAG